AUGUCUGAUUUGAUAUUGAGGAACUGCUAUUUGUCAGAGAUCAGCUAUGCUUCUCUGAUCUCAGCUCUGAAGUCCAACCCCUCCCAUCUGAGAGAGCUGGAGAUGAGAGACAAUGAGCUGAAGGAUUCAGACAUCACUCUGCUGUAUAAGAAGAUGAAUAAUUGUGUGGAGGAAGAGGAGGACGGAGCAGAGUCUCUAUUUUCAGGCUGUCUGUCUAUGAAGAGUGACCGGUCCAUGAUUGACCCUCUGACCUUCAGUAAUGAACCUGGACCCUCAGACACAAAAUUUCAGUACAGACAAAGAGCAGAGUCUGUCGUGUCCGGCUGUCAGUCUAUGAAGAGUGACUCGUCCAUGUAUCGAUCUUUGAACUUCAGCAAUGAACCUGGACCCUCAGACACAAAAAAGAGGAAGAGGAGUGAUGAGGAGGAGCAGCCGUCCUGCUGUGCUUCCUGUCAGGACGUCCUGAAGGAUCCCGUCUCUACCAGCUGUGGACACUGGUUCUGCAGAGCGUGCAUCAGCUCAUACUGGGACCAGUCUGCUUCACCAGGAGACUCCUCCUGUCCCCAGUGUGGACAGAGAUCCAGAAGCAGACUGGGACUGCAGACAGCCAGUCAGAGCAGCACUGAACAAAGUGAGACUGUCCCUCUGUCUGCUGAUGUCUUCAUGGUCCGGCCUGAGAUGAUCUCCUCCCUUAAACCAAAGCCAUUGCCUGGCGGUCUGCAGGAGGUUUUAGAUGAAUAUAAGAUCAGUCUGAGGAGGAGAUGUGAACAUGUGACUGAAGGAAGUGAUGCAACAGGAAGUGGAACCCUCCUCAACAGGAUCUACACUGAGCUCUACAUCACAGAGGGACAGAGUGAAGAAGUUAAUACCCAACAUGAGGUGAGGCAGCUGGAGACAGCUUCCAAGAAGAAGACCGUCCACGACGCUCCAAUCAAGUGCCAGGACAUCUUUAAAGCCUUACCUGACCAACAGGGACACAUCAGAGUGGUUCUGACGAACGGCGUCGCUGGCGUUGGAAAAACCUUCUCGGUGCAGAAGUUCAGUCUGGACUGGGCAGAGGGUUUGGAGAACCAAGAUGUCAGUGUGGUGAUUCUGCUUUCGUUCAGGGAGCUGAACUUGAUCAGAGAUGAGCAGUACAGUCUUCUGGAGCUGCUCCAUGUUUUCCAUCCAACAUUACAGAAGGUCCCAGCAGAGAAGCUCGCCGUCUGUAAACUUCUGUUCAUCUUUGACGGCCUGGAUGAAAGCAGACUUUCUCUGGAUUUCAACAAGAAGAAAAUUAUCUCUGAUGUCACACAGAAGUCAUCGGUCAACGUGCUGCUGACAAACCUCAUCGAGGGGAAUCUGCUUCCCUCGGCUCUCGUCUGGAUAACUUCCCGACCUGCAGCGGCCAAUCAGAUCCCUCCUGCAUGUGUUGACAGGGUGACAGAAGUACGAGGCUUCACUGACGCCCAGAAGGAGGAGUACUUCAGGAGGAGGGUCAGUGAUGAAGAGCGCUCCAGCACAAUCAUCUCACACAUCCAGACAUCCAGGAGCCUCCACAUCAUGUGUCUGAUCCCAGUCUUCUGCUGGAUCACUGCUACAGUUCUGGACCACAUGUUGACUAUGGAGCAGAGAGGAGAGCUGCCCAAGACCCUGACUGACCUGUACUCACACUUCCUGCUGGUUCAGACCAAGAAGAAGAAGCAGAAGUAUGCUGAGGGACAUGAGACGAGUCCACAGGAGCUGAUGGAGGCUGACAGAGAAGUUCUUCUGAAGCUGGGGAGGCUGGCGUUUGAACAGCUGCAGGAAGGAAACAUCAUGUUCUACCAAGAAGACCUGGAGCGCUGUGGUCUGGAUGUCACAGAGGCCUCGGUGUACUCAGGAGUUUGUACAGAGAUCUUCAAAAGAGAGAGUGUGAUCUUCCAGAAAACAGUCUACUGCUUCGUUCAUCUGAGCAUUCAGGAGUUUCUGGCUGCAGUCUACCUGUUCCACUGUUACACCAACAGGAACAGGAACACAGAGGUACUGAAGGCUUUUCUGGGAAAGAAAUUUGUUGGUUCAUCCCUGGAUGACUUCUUGUGGGGAGCACUGACAAAAGCCUUGAGUAGUGAAAAUGGCCACCUGGACCUGUUUGUUCGCUUCCUUCAUGGCCUCUCUCUGGAGUCCAACCAGAGACUGUUAGGAGGCCUGCUGGGUCACACAGACAACAGUCCAGAAGUCAUCCAGAGAGUCAUCAAGAACCUGAAGGAAAAGAGGAUCAAUGUCUCUCCUGACAGAAGCAUCAACAUCUUCCACUGUCUGUUGGAGAUGAACGACCUCUCAGUCCAUCAGGAGAUCCAAGAGUUCCUGAAGUCAGAGAACAGUUCAAAGAAGAAACUCUCUAUGAUCCAGUGCUCAGCUCUGUCCUACAUGCUGCAGAUGUCAGAGGAGGUUCUGGAUGAGUUGGACCUGAAGAAGUACAACACAUCAGAGGAGGGAAGACAGAGACUGAUUCCAGCUGUGAGGAACUGCAGGAAAGCUGUGUAA